UUUCGUCUUCGCGUCUAGACAUCUGGGUUAUUUGUCCCGUUUCACUUGCUGUAGCAGUGAUGUGGCUCAGAAAGUAUCUAAUCUUCCACGUCACAGGGAAGUGGGGAACGGACAGCUCGAGAAGAUCGCUGAGCAAUUUUACAGAUGCCCAAGUAAAUAACAGACGCGACAUUUGAGGCUAUUUUGAAGUAUAAUAAACGUGCAGUAAGGUAGCUACGUGUUUAUUUCUCUAUCGUGUGCGGAAAGAUUGAUUUGGGUAAUUGUAUUCCGAAGAUGUUUUGGUAUCCAUCCACCAUUUGCAAGCUAACGCUAGCUGUAAUGGAUGACAGGCGUUUGAGCUUGCUCAAUUUGCAAUAUCAAAACGUCUAGCUAGUUUACUAGGCUCUGUGAAGUGUUACUGGCAUAUUGCAUUUCUGUUUUUUUAGUGCAUGUCACUGAUUGAGCUGCGUAAUUCGUUAGGCCAUUGACUUGUCAAUAACUAGCGUACUAGCUAACAGCCGAGGCGGCCUGUGUCAAUGAAUAACAUUAACUAGCUAGUACAAGCUAGCCAACUGACUUGUCUACGUGGAUGUGUCGACUAACUACCACAUAUUUCUUAGCUACAGCUGUGCUGUAUUAGAACGCACGAAUAGUGUUCAUUAACUUGAAUAUGUGAAAUAAGCGUGUAAUAGCAGCUAUGUUUACAUUUAUCCGAUUAUGCAUUAACAUUACUUGAUGGGUACUUCAUAGGAAUCAUCUUAACAGUUCUGUUGAUUGGGGUACUGCAAAAGGGAAGACGAUCCAUCCGGCAAAAUGACAGCCGCAGAGAAUGUUUGUUACACUUUGAUCAAUGUUCCAAAUGACUCCGAACCGCCAUCGGAAGUCAGUCUCAAAACAGACUUGGGUAAGUAUUCUCUGUUGACACUAUCUGCUUUGUCAAUAGGCACCUACCCCCCCCCCCCCCCCCACAUGAUUAGUGUGAAUAAUCUGUGAUCAAUGUGACUUUAAGAGUAAUACAAUGUUAUUUUUUCCUGAUAUCAGAAAAAGGAGAGAUUAAGGCGAAGACCGAGGCCCUGAAGAAGGUAAUCAUCAUGAUACUGAAUGGGGAGAAGCUGCCAGGCCUACUGAUGACCAUCAUCCGAUUUGUCCUCCCACUUCAAGACCACACCAUCAAAAAGCUUCUGCUAGUCUUCUGGGAGAUUGUCCCCAAGACGACGCCAGAUGGCAAGCUGCUUCAGGAGAUGAUCCUGGUCUGUGAUGCCUACAGAAAGGUAUGGUAGCAUACUACACAAGUGUUUUGUCACUGUCUCUGAAUGUUAGAUUAAUUAUCUAAUUAGCAAAGUAUGACGUGGGACUAUUACCCUUGAAUAAGAGGCAUUAAAUGUAUGUUUAUCUGUUUCAGGACCUGCAGCACCCCAACGAGUUCAUCCGUGGAUCCACCCUGCGCUUCCUGUGCAAGCUGAAGGAGUCUGAGCUGCUGGAGCCCCUCAUGCCGGCCAUCCGCGCCUGCCUGGAGCACCGCCACAGCUAUGUUCGCCGCAAUGCUGUCCUGGCCAUCUACACCAUCUACAGGUACACUUACUGUACUGAUACAAUACGGAAGGCCCAUAUGACUGUAUAUGACCCUUAAUGGAGAACAUGGCAUUUACUUGAGCAAUUUUCUUUCCAUCUCAGGAACUUUGAAAAUCUCAUCCCAGAUGCCCCCGAGUUGAUCCAUGAUUUCCUUGUGAAUGAAAAAGAUGCCAGCUGCAAGAGAAAUGCUUUCAUGAUGCUCAUUCACGCAGACCAGGUCAAUUGCAUCUUCACUUUUUUUAUUAGAGACCGCUCACCAACAUUUUUCUUUGUCUGGGACUAACACUGGUCAAUUCCACUGUGCAGGACAGAGCUCUGGAUUACCUCAGCACCUGCAUUGAUCAAGUGCAUACAUUUGGAGAUAUUCUCCAGUUGGUCAUUGUGGAGCUGAUUUACAAGGUGAGUACUUCAGACAUUUUCCCACCAGAAAAUCCCACUAUAAACCUCCAGAUAUCUGGUCUCCUGUGUGGCGUAGCGGUCUAAGGCACUGCAUUGCAGUGCUUGAGGCGUCACUACAGACCCGGGUUCGAUCCCAGUCUGUCACGGCCGGUGGGGGCUUUACUUGGUUCAUUGCGCUCUAGCAACUUCUUGUGUCGUCAGUUGAACAGUGUUUCCUCCGACAUAUUGUUGCAGCUGGGUUAAGCGGGCGGGUGUUAAGGAGCGCGGUUUGGCGGGUCAUGUUUCGGAGGACGCAUGACUCGACCUUCGCCUCUACCGAGUCCGUUGGGGGAGUUGCAGCGAUGAGACAAGAUCGUAAUUGAAAUUGGGAGAAAAAAUACCAAAAGGGAGGUAAAAUACCAAAAUAAAUCAAAUAAACCUCCAGAUAUCUCUUUUGAGAAAUGUUUUUUUUUUUAAACACUGGAUGUCACAUGAUGAUGUCUGUUUUUCUGUUUCACACGCACUGAGGAAGGAGCAAGCCAAAACGUAUGCCAGUGUGUGUGGUCUAUUAAGACAUGUUGCUAUGAGUUAAAGAAAAUGAAAACAAAGCUUCAAUUGCAAAUUAUCUCCACGUAAGUACUGGCCUUUUUUUAUUUAUCGUAUCUUGUUUCCUCCAUGUUUAGGUGUGCCAUGCUAACCCGUCUGAGCGUGCCCGCUUCAUCCGCUGUAUCUACAACCUGUUGCAGUCCUCCAGCCCAGCCGUCAAGUAUGAGGCAGCUGGCACUCUUGUCACGCUGUCCAGCGCACCCACUGCCAUCAAGGUACCCCCUCUCACUUAUCUACUUCACAACAUGGCACUGCUGUGGAUUUUAGUCUGGUAUUGUGUGUCUUUCAAUGGCGUUUGUGUGUUGUUUAUUCUAGGCUGCUGCCCAGUGCUACAUUGACCUGAUCAUCAAGGAGAGUGACAACAAUGUGAAGCUGAUCGUCCUGGAUCGUCUGAUAGAGCUGAAAGAGCAUCCCACUCAUGAACGUGUUCUCCAGGUACUCAGACUUCACUGUCAUAAAUGUUGCUUUUGGUGAACAGAUCCCAUGUUAGGUACCAGUAAGUCUUUGAAGUGUAAUAAUAACCUGGUUAACAUGUCUGUUCUCUGCCCACCCAGGACCUGGUGAUGGACAUUCUGCGUGUUCUGAGCACGCCUGACCUGGAAGUCCGGAAGAAGACCCUGCAGCUGGCCCUGGACCUAGUCUCAUCCCGGAACGUAGAGGAGGUGGGUGUGUCAUCCUCAGGACUAUCCUCUCCUGUCUCUGUGGACUGUCCGCUCCUGUCUCUGUGGACUGUCCGCUCCGGUCUCUGUGGACUGUCCGCUCCGGUCUCUGUGGACUGUCCGCUCCGGUCUCUGUGGACUGUCCGCUCCGGUCUCUGUGGACUGUCCGCUCCGGUCUCUGUGGACUGUCCGCUCCUGUCUCUUUCUAAAAGGAUGAUGAUUAUUCUAACUAAGGUGUUCAUGUGUUUGUGUUCCAGUUGGUGAUAGUUCUGAAGAAAGAGGUGAUUAAGACCAACAACGUGACGGAGCAUGAGGACACUGAUAAAUUCAGGCAGCUGCUGGUGCGCACCCUCCACUCCUGCAGUGUCCGCUUCCCUGACAUGGCGGCCAAUGUAAUUCCUGUGGUGAGUCUACCUAUCUACCCUGUUCACCCACACAAACCCUGAAAUCAAACACAGCUAAGGUCAUUCUGUCGUCUGUGAUUGUAAUCUAAAUGACACGUGUGUGUCACUCAGCUGAUGGAGUUCCUGAGUGACACUAACGAGGCAGCAGCGGCUGAUGUGCUGGAGUUUGUGAGGGAGGCCAUUCAGAGGUUCGAUAACCUGAGGCCCCUCAUCAUCGAGAAGAUGCUGGAGGUCUUCCACGCCAUCAAGACUGUCAAGUAAGACCAAGACUGGCAAGCUUACAUAUAAAUAGAGAAUCACAGGAUGCUUUUGGAGAAUUGCAGAUUUUUUUUAUGCUGACAUCCAAUAUUUUAAACUGUGUUAGGAUCUACAGAGGAGCACUUUGGAUCCUGGGAGAAUACUGCAGCACUAAAGAGGACAUUCAGAGUGUGAUGACAGAAGUGCGCAGAUCGCUUGGAGAGGUAUGUGUUGUGCUUAUGGAUUAUUAAUUCACUUUCAGUGUUCAAUACCAGAGUGAUACUUGAUGCCGGUGGCUCAUGUCUGUCCCUUUGUUUUCAGAUCCCCAUAGUAGAGAACGAGAUCAAGAAAGAGUCUGGGGAGGGGAAGCCGGAAGAAGAGGUGAGCGCAGCGCCAGCAGCCAAACUGGUGACAGAGAUGGGCACCUACGUCACACAGAGCGCCCUCAGCUCCUCCAGACCCUCAAAGAAGGAAGAGGACAGGUAAAAUAAAUCACCUUUUGUAUCUAAAAUACAUAGUUUCUUAGCUUGCAGUGAUUGUCUUUCAGAAGUGAAUGAUAUGACACUCAAUGAAACUUUCGUCCCUUUCCCUGUAGGCCUCCUCUCAGGGGCUUCUUGAUGGACGGAGACUUCUAUGUGGCAGCCUCGUUGGCCACAACCCUGACCAAAGUGGCCCUGCGAUAUGUCGCCAUUGUUCAAGACAAAAAGAGACAAAAUGUAAGUAUAGAACCUCUCAUUAUCUUCUGAAACGGUUGUGAUUUAGGUGUUCCACGUUCACUCCAUUGAAAGUCAAUGAAGUGAUUUCUAAUGCUCUCUAUCCCUGUGUCCCCUUCAGUCCUUUGUGGCUGAGUCUAUGCUGAUCAUGGCCACCAUCCUCCACUUGGGCAAGUCCUCUCUGCCCAAGAAGCCCAUCACAGACGACGAUGUGGACCGCAUCUCGCUGUGCCUCAAGGUGCUGUCCGAGUGCUCGCCCCUCAUGAACGACAUCUUCAACAAGGAGUGCCGCAAGUCCCUGUCUCACAUGCUCACUGUCAGGCUGGAGGAGGAGAAGCUAUCUCAGAAGGUAAGGAGGAGCGCUGGCUCCUAGAUUACUAGGCCAUAGCUUCCGGUCCACUCUUCUCACUAAACCACUGCCUUCUCCCAGUUCACUCAGCUAUACUCUAGUUCUCCCUUCACCUGGCUGCUUAUCCAUUUGGACACGGCUGGAUUGUGUUGCUAUGUGCUGAUGCUGUUCUGUGCUCUUAUCCUUUCUUAUCCACAGAAAGAGUCAGAGAAGCGGAACGUGCUGGUGCAGGCAGACGACCCCAUUUCCUUUAUGCAACUGACGGCCAAGAACGAGACGACCUCCAAGGAGGACCAGUUCCAGCUCAGUCUACUGGCUGCCAUGGGAACCACUCUUAAGAAGGAGGCUAAUGACCCCAUGGCCUCCAAACUCAACAAGGUACACCUACAGGGACCCAGUAGACACACACACACACUGUUCUCUUACAGAAUUACAAAGUAGGGAAUGUGCCUUUUUGGAAAGUAGAUGUGUGUGUGAUAUACCUCAAGUUGCCAGCAGGUGGCACUGUGUGUCCAACUUGACAGUGAGCCAUAGCAACAGAGAAAUCAGUGUUUUCUAGGUCUGUUCCACAGGAACAACUAUGAAAGAGGGAAUGAAUAUAACAUUUCUAGGUUUAGGCAAUGGCAUGGAUUGUAUCUCAAGUUUUUCAUCUUAGCUGUUAGUGUUGUUGAGGUAGUUAUUGACGGGUACUCUGUUGUAUAACAACAGGUUGGUGAGGACCAUGUCAUUCUGAGUGUGUGUUGUAUUGCAGGUUACCCAGCUGACUGGUUUCUCAGACCCAGUCUAUGCGGAGGCCUAUGUCCAUGUCAACCAGUAUGACAUUGUGCUGGACGUGCUGGUCGUCAACCAAACCAACGACACCCUUCAGAAUUGCACCCUGGAGCUGGCUACAUUGGGUGAGGUUCUAGUCUAUAGUUCAUAUGACUAUGUGCAGAGUCAUACAACCUUACUAAGGGUUGUUUCAGGGCCAUCUCUCUUGGUUACCACAGGUAAUGUAUGUCUAAUGCUGAUUUCAACCUUUCAAUCCAACAGGUGACCUCAAGCUGGUUGAGAAGCCUUCUCCUCUCACUCUGGCACCUCAUGACUUUGCCAACAUCAAGGCUAACGUCAAAGUGGCGUCCACAGAGAAUGGCAUCAUAUUUGGCAACAUAGGUAAGAGGAUCACUUCUAACUUCUGUCAGUGUACUUGUCAUGAAGGUGAUGUGAUGCCAGCCUCCACUCCAUGUGUACGACAUCAGUUCUAACAUGCAUCUGUCGGUCUGUCUCAGUGUAUGACGUAUCAGGAGCUGCCAGCGACAGGAACUGCGUGGUCCUCAGUGACAUCCACAUUGACAUCAUGGACUACAUCCAGCCAGCCUCGUGCACAGACGCAGAGUUCAGACAGAUGUGGGCCGAGUUUGAGUGGGAGAAUAAGGUACUAGCGCUAGAUAAGAGAACUGUCCAUAUUUGGUUUUGUUUUGUUAGUGUGUUCAGUGGAUGAUCGUAAUAACACUGUUUAUUCUAGGUGACAGUGAACACCAACAUUGCAGACCUGAACGAGUACCUCCACCACAUCCUCAGCUCCACCAACAUGAAGUGCCUGACCCCAGAGAAGGUACAGUAGUCGUGGAAUAUGGACAGUUUGAACUACAUCAAUAGGACAAUGAUGAUAAUGUAUAGAACACAAUUGAGGUUUUAAACCUGGCAGAUAGGAAGGUUAAUGAGUGGAAGUUCUCAGAGCGUGUAACUUUUCUGCUACUGCUAUCUUUUUUUACGGUGUUAGGAUUUGAUUUAUAAAUGGCUUUUUAUAAUUAUCUGAUUGAAUCAAUCCAUUGGAAAAGAAAAGGGUACCCUGCGAGAUACAGGCAAAAUAUACCUAUUUUCUACAAUUCUUCAUCAGUCCACUGAUGGAUUUAGACAAUUAAGAUGACAAUGACUCUAUUGUAAUAGCCCUAUCUUCAGCAAAUCCAUCACAUUCCUAGAGGACCAAUCGGACUCCUACUGCUGUGUCAAAUGGGUAGGAAUGCAUGUGAUGCUCACUUACUCCACCUUGUCUGUCCUUAUAACCAGGCACUUUCAGGCUUCUGUGGCUUCAUGGCUGCCAACCUGUACGCCCGCUCCAUAUUCGGUGAAGACGCCCUGGCCAACGUUAGCAUUGAGAAGCCCAUCCACCUGGGUCCUGAUGCCCCUGUCAACGGACACAUCCGCAUCCGGGCCAAGAGCCAGGUGAGAAAUUCACUCCCCACUCAAAUUGCAUCCCAAAAUGCACCCUAUUCCCUAUAUAGUGUACUACUUUUGGAAAUAGGUUGCCAUUUGGGAUGCUGAGAUAGUGCAAGUAGUAAUGAUAUAAUAAUGCAAAUAUCGGGGUGGAAUUGUUUAUUAAAGACUAUACAUUGCAAGUAACACUUCCUCUCUCUCCACAGGGUAUGGCGUUGAGUCUGGGUGACAAGAUCAACCUUUCCCAGAAAAAAACAUCUGCAUAAAGUGAACUGAAAACCAGAAGUCCAACUGAGAACUCCACAUCACUGGACAAGAUUCAUCUGCAAAGAAAUGUGUGCUUUCUGCUAGUCCUCUCUCUUCUAUCUGUCUCUGGCCAUAAAGCCAUAACAAUAGUUUUAUGGCCAUUUGCUUAAGUACUGUUCUAUGUGUGUAUGAGAGAUGGUUUUACACCUCCUGUGUCAGGAAGAAACUCCAUCUUACUGUGCUCCAAGUGAUAUCCCUGGCCUAUCUUUCAUUUUCAAUAAAACAUGACAUAUAUAACAAAACAUACUCCCAAC